UCAUAACUCUCAUCAGAGUCAUAAACAAGAAGAAAAACAGAACCAUAUGGAGCACAAGAACAUGAAUAUCAACAACAGCAUGGAAGGAGAGGAGGGUUACAACGUCGUUCUGGUUCAUAUGCAAGUCAUGAAGAUCAAACAAGAGUUCGAGAAAAUCAAGCACCCUUCUCUGUCUGUGGAGCAGCCGGCGGAGAUGAGACGCUUGCUUCUCCGGGAGUUUCAUCGGCAGCGGUCACGUUCGCCGCUCGGUUUGGCAGCGGUUUAGAAGUUUAUGCUUCUCUUUGAAUUGUUUCCUUUCAGUUUCUGUCCAACCAGAGUAUUGAUACUUGGUGUUUUGAAGUUCUAUUUUGGUUUGUGUACAGUGGGAAACUCAAGCUUAUAGUGAAA